AUGGACACAUCUUCCAGAAAUGAUACAAUAUUCUCAUCUAAAACCCUAUUAUCUCCUCGAACUCUUGUACCUCCUGCAUCCAUAAUAACAACCAUCAAUAGUAGCAAUACUCCAAAAGAGCCCGAUCCUCUCGCCAAUUUCAAAGACACUCAAAUUAUCAAAGCAUCGGAACUUGACAAAUUCUUGAAAAUCAAGGAUAAUCCGCCUAAUAUUUUAAUUCUGGAUGUGAGACAACGAGUUCAAUUCAAUGAAGGUCAUAUAAAGACGAAGAAUAUUGUUUGUUUGGAACCGAUAAUAUUAGUUAAAGGAAAAUCUUCCAUAGAUUUGGAGCAACGCCUGAUUCUCUCACCAGAAAAUGAAAGAGCCUUAUUCGCCGCCCGAAACACUUUCGACCUAAUAGUAUAUCAUGACCAAAAUUCGGUAGACAACCCUGGAGUAACUUCCAAGCCUUCUGCGUCUCAAAAUCUUGAUAAUAACCCUAUGCGUGAUUUGGUAGAUGCUAUUUGGAUAACUGCAUUUGGGAAAUCGCUUAAACGUAUACCAGUGCUAUUAACCGGAGGGUUUGACGCUUGGAGGCGCAUGGUUGGCGAUGCUGGAAUUGAGAGAAUAGAAAAUAGAGGCGCAGGAGCCUUUUAUUCUGGCACUGAUAAUACCGCUACUAAUACAUCUGUAUCUCCUAAUGGUAUCGGUGUUGGUGGCUUCAGAGAACCGCUUCUUCAGAACGACAAGUCAAAAAGAAAUGGAAUAGUGAUUCCUGAUAAUCGCGAUUGGGAAACGCAUUAUACCGGCACGUUACAAAAACAGGCGGGAAAUUUGCCGCGACAAAAUGCUUUAUCUGGUCAGUUGGUCAAGACAAGUUACAUGGAUUUAUUUAUGCCAAACCUCCCUGAUAAUCAGCAAUCCAUGCAAUUACCGAAUUACAACACAUCUAAGAACACCUCGACUUAUUCCAAUUACAACAAUGAUCAAGCACUCCAUUUCAAAUAUGCCCGGACAAGAGGAUCCUCCACCCUACAAAGACGCCGAACUUUUAUAGACCAUCCCUUCACUAACUUUACUCGCGUAAACAAUCCCGACUAUAAAGCUCCUCCCCGACCACAAAAACCUCUACCACCCCCACCUCUACAUCAAACCAAUGAAUUCUCUUCACCACAGCAAAUGAUAUCAAUGCCACCAAAAAAUGCAGGAGAAACGGAUAUUGACCGUAGACCUUCAUUAAGAUCUGGUGGUUUUCAUCAACGGUUCCCGAAUUCCGAGAGCAGUUUUUCACAGCUGGGAUCAGGAAUUGGGACAACAGGGCUCAAAAAUCUAGGCAACACCUGUUUUAUGAAUUCCGUGAUUCAAUGCUUGAGUGGCACGAUUCCAUUCUCGAGAUAUUUUCUCAAUGGUAGUUACAAACAACACAUUAAUCUAAUCAAUCCCUUAGGCACUAAAGGUCAAUUGGCAGAGGCUUUUGCAAAACUUAUUCAUUACAUGUGGGGUGGACAAUUUACAUUUGUUUCGCCAGUAACUUUUAAAGAGGCCAUUGGACGCUUUGCACCACAAUUUUCUGGAUCAGAUCAACAAGAUUCGCAAGAGUUCCUAGCGUACCUGCUUGAUGGGCUACAUGAAGAUUUAAAUAUCAUUAAAUAUAAACCCCCAAUGCGGGAAUUGACGGAAAAAGAAGAGGAGGAAAGAGAACUUUUGCCUUCGCAAAAAGUUUCGGAAAUGGCAUGGGAUGAAUAUAUUCGUCGUAAUUGGUCUAUGGUUGUCAGUCUUUUCCAAGGUCAAUAUCGUAGUCGACUGAAAUGUCUGACUUGUGGUAGAACUUCAACAAAAUAUGAUACAUUUAUGUGUCUUCAACUGCCAAUUCCUGCGAAAAAUCACGACACAAUAAACCUUUACCAAUGCCUGAACGAAUUUGUCAAAGAGGAAAUACUCGACGGCAAGGAUGCAUGGCACUGUCCACGAUGUCGAGUUCCACGACGCUCCACUAAACAACUUAAGUUAUCUCGUCUGCCUAAUAUUCUUCUAGUACAAUUAAAACGAUUCUCGUACGAUGGUCCUUUUAGAGAUAAGCUCGAAGCUAUGGUGAAUUUCCCAUUACGAAGUUUCGAUUUGACAGAUUAUAUGCUCCCGCCGUUACCUCCGACUACAGAAAUUGGACUCAAGUUGCAGGCGGGUCUUCAAAAUACACCAUCGUCGCAACAAUCGUUGCAACCAUGUGGCCCACCUUAUAUAUACGAUCUUUAUGCGGUGUCUAAUCAUUAUGGAGGCGGGUUGAAUGGUGGUCAUUAUACUGCUUGUGUUCGUAAUGGAUAUCGUCAAGAAUGGCAUAAUUUUGAUGAUAGUCGUGUUUCGGUUUGUGACGAAAGUGAUGUCAUGACACGUGCUGCUUAUUGUUUAUUUUAUGUGCGGGCAAAUAUUCCUUAA